GAGAGAUGAUGAACUAAUAAAGAGCUAGUUGUUGUUUGUUGGUGGUAGAAAACUUGGGUGUAAAUAUGGCUAAGUGCUAUGCUUCCACUGAUGAAGGGAAACAAGUAGUAGUGAGCUUCCCCUCACUGUACAAGGGCUCUCUCAUCCUCCCUCGCCCCACCACCGCCGCCACCACCACCACCACCACCACCACGCCGCGGCCGUUGCUGCGGUCGGGAUCUCCGUCGUGCUCGUCGGCGUCGUCUUCGUCAUCAUCGGUGGCGGCGGCGCGGGCGUCAAAGAUCCACAGUGAGGCAGAGAGGAGGAGAAGGGAGAGGAUCAACUCCCAUCUCUCCACAUUGAGAUGCAUGAUCCCUGAUGCUCACAAGAUGGAUAAGGCUUCUUUAUUAAGCAAAGUGGUUGAUCAAGUGAAGGACCUAAAGAGAAAAGCAAAUGAUACAAGCAAAACGGUAAACGUUCCGCCGGAAAUCGACGAAGUAACCGUCGAACGCCACAAGGGUGGCCGAGACCAUACUUUCUCCGGCGACGAAACCCUGCGCAUGAGGGUUUCGGUCACCUGCGACGAUCGGCCCGACCUCUUCGCUAGCCUAAUCCAAGCAUUCCAUAAGCUCAGGCUGAGGACAAUAAGGGCAGAUAUUACUUGUAUAGGGGGCAGGGUGCAAAAUGUGUUCAUACUUUGUGGGACAGGUGAGGGAAGUGAAAACAUGUGCUUAGGUUCUUUGAAAGAGUGUUUAAAAGAAGCCCUGGCUAAAGCUGCUUCUCCAGAAGUGCUUUUAAGCAGCAGCAGCAGCAGCAGCAGCAGCAGCAGCUUCUCAAGCAAGAGGCAGAGGCUGUUGGGGUCUCAUUAAUUACUCCAUUGUGUCAUUGUGAGGUGUUACAUAAUUCAUUGGCCCAAUAAUUAAGUAGGAAAUUUGUGAAACAAGGUGAGACUGAGUACUUAUUUCCUUUUCGUGGAGGAGAUCUGGCACUAAAAGUGCUUUACUACUAAAGUAAUGUGAAAUGACCAUUUGUUUCUAAAAGUUUAUGUUGGUAGAGAAUGAUGUCGUCUCUCAGGUGCCAGAGAACGAUGUGAUACGACCGUUUGUUUCUAAAAUUUUAAAGUGUCAGAGAAUGCUUAUAGUUUGGCGGAUUUAGAGAUAGAGAUGUACAUUGAUGUGAUUCGAGGGACAAGAUCACAGGAGUUGAAAGGGGAGUAAAGUACGAGUGAUUGUUUUUGUUUA